UCGAACGUGUGCCGGCGUGUCGUCACGGUCGGCUUACGAUCGCGUUCGCUCAUACAUUUUUAUUUUUCUAAAUCGAUUUUCGUUUUGAUAUUCGUGUUUAAUAUAAUAAAAAUAUAAUCAAUAUUACUGCUCGAUUAAUUUCAGUCGGUUGUGUCUUGAUUAUCACUGCAAAGACGCUGCACAUUUCCAACUGGUACAGUGGCCGCAUAAUAAAGUCGCACCACUAAAUUAAAAAGUUGGGGCACUCAAUUCAGCGCGAAAAGAGGCAAUCCAUUUGAACCGCAACCAUGGGUUCCCAAGGAGAAGAACCGGAACUUCAGACGUUCCUUUUGGACGAAAAGUCCAAGAUGAAAGAAGUACCGCAAAACAAACGAAAAGCUAGCAAAAAACUAGAGAAAAGCGAAGUCGCACACCUCAAUGGCAUCGACUACUUCGAUCCAUUCCUUGAAAGAAACUUAGAACACCCUACUACAAAUGGCGAGACGCUGACUCAUUUACUCAAAGCGUCUCUGGGAACUGGGAUCCUGGCCAUGCCGCAAGCUUUCCAGUGUUCAGGACUUAUAACCGGCAUAUUCGCAACAGUGUUCGUAUCGUUCGUGUGCACGUUUUGUUCGUAUUCACUGGUGAAAUGCGCACACACGCUCUACAGGCGGACAAAAGUAUCGUCCAUGGGCUACGCGGAUGUAGCUGAAGUGGCAUUCGCCAAUGGACCUGAAUGGUCUCGGAAGUUCUCGUCGCUUACCCGGCAAUCAGUGCUUUGGCUGUUGUUCGUCACAUACUUCGGAACGUGCAGCGUAUACACGGUUAUCAUUGCCUCGAACUUCGAACAGUUGUUCUUACAUCAUAUGGGUUAUUCGCUGAAUAUCCGGUACUUUAUUGCGAUGUUGCUCAUACCACUCAUACUGCUCAGCUACGUGCCGAAUCUUAAAUAUUUAGCGCCCGUGUCCAUGGUCGCCAAUCUGUUGAUGUUCGUUGGUCUGGGCAUCACGUUUUAUUAUACGUUGUUCGACUUACCCAGCAUUUCGGAAAGGCCGGCCGUAGGGACCUUUGCAACGUUUCCUACAUUUUUCUGUCUCACCGUGUUCGCCAUGGAAGCUAUUGGAGUGGUGAUGCCGUUGGAAAACAACAUGAAAACGCCUAGAAGCUUUUUGGGAGUUUUCGGUGUGCUGAAUGUCGGCAUGGGUGGCGUGACUAUUGUAUAUAUUCUGCUCGGUUUCCUCGGUUACUUGAAGUACGGCGAAGCAACGGAAUCGAGUAUAACGCUAAACCUUCCCACUGAAGACAUUGCUGCUCAAGUUGCUAAAAUAUGUAUCAGUUUAGCAGUAUUCUGCACUUACGGUCUACAGUUUUUCGUUUGCUUGGAAAUCGCGUGGACCAAAAUCCAGGAUAGUUUUGAAAAAGCUACAAUUUACCACAAUUACGUUCUAAGAACGGUCAUGGUGACCUUGUCUGUGGCGAUUGCGGUAGCUGUACCGACAAUCGGACCGUUCAUCGGACUCAUCGGAGCCUUCUGUUUCUCGCUGCUCGGCAUCAUCGUGCCCGUGGUUAUUGAGUUUGCCACGUACUGGGACAAAGUGACCAUCUGGAUGACCAUCCGGAACGCGGUGUUGAUCGCCGUCGGUUUCUUGGCGCUGGUCUUUGGCACGUCCAACAGCAUCUUCCAAAUCAUUUCCACGUACGGUCCCGCCGCUCCUCUGGCCACCAACAUGACUCAUUCGGCCGCCCAAUGACCGGAAAUCCGGCCACAUCAUCGACCACACAGCCAACCAACUCCUCUCUCCCCCUACAAAAUUCGAGACUUCCGGUCAUGCCGAGUACAUCGUUACGAUAAUUAUAUAUACUCACACAUAUAUAUAUGUAUUUAUUAACGCGUGUAUACGUAUUAAAAAUUUAUAAAUCGAGAUCGGACGACCGACAUCGACAAGUCAACUGCCACACAGUUAGUCUUGGUCAUCGUCGUCAUCACCGUUGUUUUUUCCGACGGGCGCCCGUCGACCACUGCGUAUAGCUUCGACGGGCAUAUAAUAGCAGGUGAUAGACAUAUAUUACAUAAUAAUAUUAUUUUAAGGGCGCACUCGCACAUCGAAAAAAAAUGUUUAAGUAUUAUAUUUAUAUUACUAUAUUAAUUUUAAUUUAUUUUCUAAACAUAAUGUCAGACUUAGGAUUAAUCAUUUUCAUUAUUAUUGUACGAUCGGGUUUUUUUUUUAUUCGAUCCAAACAGGCUUUA